UUGACAGCCGCCUGUUUACCAACAAAGCGCUUCAAUGUGAAGGAAUGGAAAGAAUCUGCGUUGUUUUCGUUGGAAUUUUGUGAUUCAAAAUCGCAAGCCGAGUGCUAAAGUUUGUUCAAGUUUUUUUCGAUCGUUUGCCUGUUUGUGUUUCUUGUAAGUUUUCUGUUGUUUUGAGUGUUGCGCUCGCCACCCAACGCCCCGGGGGGAAAAAAUGUCGAGCCACAACUGGACCAUCGAUGAGACGAAUCUCAUGAUCCGGAAGCGUCUGGAACUGCUCGGAUGUGCCCGCAGCGACAAAGUCUACGACCAAAUCUCCAACUACCUGGCCGAGGACCAUAACUACUAUAAAAACGCGGCAGCAUGCCAAACGAGAUUCAACAACCUGCUGAAAACAUAUCGGACCUGCGUCAAGAGACAGGAAUCGGGCGGAAAGGUGUGCAAGGUGCGCUUUCCCUUCUUCGACACGUUCCAUCAAUAUUACGGCAAUCCUAACGCUCAUCAUCCGGUCGAUAACGGGAACAGUAAGUGCAAAACGGAGAUCUUCCUGGACGACCUAUUCGCGGAUAGUUCCUAUGCUGUCGGGUUGAAUGUUGCCGGUGCGGGUGUUGGAGUGGACGUUGGGGUCAUGGAGGGGGACAGCAUGAUGAUGGACUCCACGCAGACCGAGGAUGAGUAUGUGGAAUCGCCCGAGGCCAACCACCAUGGGCAAGAUGCAGAUGAGGAACUGACGACUUCGCUCACGGUGAACAAUGGCCUGGAGGACUUGAAGCUGAGGCUGAUGGAGCAGAAGUUGCUCUACUACACGAAUCAGAAUAUGUUGCUGCAGAUCAAACAGGAACACUACCGGCAAAAGGACCAGGAUCGAGCUCGGAGCCAGCUGAUGGCCGAAGAGAUCCUCAAAGUGCUGCGGGGAAUUCACUCGUGCUUGAAGAAGAGCCUGGAGGUCAAAGUGGUCCCGCAGCAGCCGAAAAAAGGUUCGGAAACUAGUGCUCCGGUGAUAGAUGAGAAGAAGCCCGAGGAGCCAAAGAUCAAAGAGGACAUUGGCGAGGAGGAAGAGGAAGCCGAAGAGGAGGAAGAAGCGGAAGGCAGUAGUUCGGUGAUUCCUAUCGAUAUAGACUCCGGCGAGGAAGAGGAGGAAGAAGACGAGGACGAAUUCAACGGCGAUGGGCAAUCCGGCAGCGGAGGAAGCAGCGAGGAGGUGGUCAAAAAGCCGGAAUUUGCCAGACUGAAAGUGCGCAAGAAUAUCUUCCCGCCCUGGAACCGCAUUCAGACGGUACUGCUGAUCAAAAUCCACUGCGACCUGAGGCCCAAGUUCAAGGGAUACAAUCUGUUCGAGUGCGUUUCGAACAAACUGAUUGAGCUGCACAUAAAUAGGACCCCCCGAGACUGCCGGACACGAUGGAACAAUCUUUUCCGGAGCUACAAGGAGUGCCGAUCGAGACUGAGAGUGAACGACAAAGCGCCGGUUAAGUUCGAAUACUUUGACGAAAUCGAUGCCUAUUACAAGGAUUGCCAAUUUUUGACGAAUGUAGUUUAGAGUUUAAUGCACGACAGAUCUUUUAUACUAUAACAAUACAAAUGUUGCUAAAUAUUAUUACGAUUGUAUUUAUUUACAGAAAAUAGCCUAAUAUAAUCAGGAAACGAA